AGGGGGCCAUCGCCCCCUUUUACUUAACCAUGUCUGAUUCAACCUCCCCUUUACCCUCACCUAGGUCUCAGCCUAGAUGCUGCCAGGGAUGCGGAACUUCGGCCAACUUCGUUGGCCUGAAGGCUUGCUCUCGAUGUAAAUACGUACACUACUGUGUACGUCUCAGAUUCACGUCACUUCCGACUGACUGAUUUCCAUCCUAACUUCCUUCGCAGUCUGAAAAAUGUCAGAAUGAUCAUUGGGCAAUUCACAAGGAGAUCUGUAAAACUCGCAGCCCGAAUGAAUUCUGGGGAAUAAAACUCCUUUGCAAUGGUGACUUCAGACGUCUCAACACUUCUGACUUUAUGGCCCAAUUCGAGUAUUGUCUCCUCACCCCCAAUCACCCCGAAAUUUUGAAAUCUGAACCUUGCCCUGUUACAGACAUGGUCGGGAUGCCGAUACGCAUUUAUAGUGAGAUUGCGACUGAAGAUCAAAUACCUGCCGAGGUAGUUUGGGCCCCGAGUGUACCAACUGAUCACUUCGAGAACCAGCCUGCUGUGUAUCUACAAUUUGAACCAGAUUCUGGGUUCGCACCAGCUCCCUGGCGAGUAGAUUGGGGUGUUGGAUCAAGGGGCCUCGAAGAUCCUAAUUCAUGAAAUGAACCCCCCAAAGUGCUGGGCAGGACCCCUGGCACACCCCAAUCUGACAACCAUGGGUGUUUAGCACGUAUUUAAUACAUCCGUUGCUCACAG